CGUUGUAAGGAAGGUGCUGGAAACCCGAUUGUUGUUCGCCAGUUAGCAUUCGUCGAAAUUAGCUGAGUUUUAUUGUGUGAAACUGUUCAGAUUUCCCUGUAAGCGUCGUUCUGGGUGGUUCAAGUAACAACGAUGACUGGGUCCAAUGAGUUCAAGCUGAACCAGGGUCCAGAGGACAGCAUCUCUGCAGUGAAGUUCAGCCCCAGCACUGCCCAGUUCCUGCUGGUGUCCUCCUGGGACUCCACCGUCCGCCUCUUCGAUGUCAGUGGGAACUCGCUGAGAACCAAGUAUCAGCACCUGGCUCCUGUUCUGGACUGUGCCUUUUAUGAUCCCACACAUGCCUGGAGUGGAGGACUGGAUAUGCAACUGAAAAUGCAUGACUUAAACACAGGGCAAGAUACAGUUGUGGGCUCACACGACGACACGAUUCGUUGUGUUGAAUAUUGUCCCGAAGUUAAUGUCAUGGUGACUGGCAGCUGGGACAGGUCAGUGAGGCUUUGGGACCCAAGAACACCCUGCAACGCUGGAACCUUCAGUCAGCCCGACAAGGUGUACACACUUUCUGUGGCAGGAGAUAGGCUGAUUGUGGGCACAGCAGGUCGCAGGGUCCUUGUGUGGGACUUGAGAAACAUGGGAUACGUCCAGCAAAGGAGAGAGUCCAGUCUGAAGUACCAGACCCGCUGCAUUCGGGCCUUCCCUAACAAGCAGGGCUAUGUUUUGAGCUCCAUCGAAGGUCGGGUUGCUGUAGAGUACCUGGACCCCAGCUUGGAGGUGCAGAAGAAGAAGUAUGCGUUUAAGUGCCACAGGCUGAAGGAGAACGGCAUUGAGCAGGUCUACCCUGUCAAUGCCAUCUCUUUCCACAGUGUUCACAACACCUUUGCUACAGGAGGCUCAGAUGGAUUUGUGAACAUCUGGGACCCUUUCAACAAGAAACGAUUGUGUCAGUUCCAUCGCUACCCCACCAGCAUUGCCUCUCUGGCCUUCAGCAACGACGGCUCUACGCUAGCCAUCGCCUCUUCGUACAUGCAGGAGCAGGGUGACAUCAGCCACCCUGAAGACGCCAUCUUCAUUCGCCAGGUCACGGAUGCUGAGACGAAGCCCAAGUCUACCUAAUAACUUCACGAAUCCUCAAAUCUCCCGAAACGUUCUAGGAAUUCUUCUGUCAUCCAGCUGAACCUGAAGGAUGAUGGUCUUUGAAUUAUCAUAUUGUUUUCUUUGUUGUGAAGUUUGUAUUCCUUAAUUCUAUCUUUUACAAACAUCAAGUGAGCUUUUUUCCUCAUUCUUUUAAUACUUCUGUAUAUAGUUAAAAUUUCAUGUUUCAGAAGAUGAAGCUACACUUUUCUGCCCCAUUUUAUUUUCACAUUUUAAAUGAGUUAUUUUUAAGGUAAUUUGACGUACGUAUGUUGUACAUAACGUAUUAAAAACCAACUACAGGAUUAAACUUUGCUGUUUAAAUGGCCAUACAUAAAGCAAAAGGCAUGUAAAACUAGCAGUUUUUUCAGUUAAGUUUUUCCUUGUAAAUAGAGAAACUUGUUGCAUGGAGAACUACUGAUUCAUUGUUUGUAUGGAUCCAAAAAGUGCAGCAAACAAGU